GUAAUCAACAUGGCGGCUGUGGAUCAAUCAACAUAUGAAGCAUUCAUGGGAGGGACGGAAGUUUAUGCCAUGGACAUGGAUGAUAAGGUUAAAGGGGUUCACUUGAGAGGAACAAAGUAUACAGUUUCCCAAGAUGGUCUGUGUCCUCGUUGCGGAAAUUCAAACAGGCUCUAUGUGAUCUUGGAUAAAUUGUUUCCGAUGGGUGAUAUGCCUGAAAUUCUUCACACGCUGAUAGCUAAAGGAAGAGCUAUUUUGUGGUCAAGUCAAGAAAAGGAAGGAUAUCGGGACCCACCUACAUUCCUAUGCCGAGGAUUUUGUCCGCCUGACCCUCUGGGAGCUGGAUUUAAUGUCAACUGGGACAAUGUCUCACUGAAUCAGAUUUUAGAAUCUCUGGACAAGCCAGUACAGAAGGCAAUAAAUCCUGUUUCAAGCUCAGGGGAAAGCAGCAUUCAAGUUGAAAGAUCAAGUCAAGAUGAAUCUUCUGAUAACUCAAUGCAAGUUUUGGAUGAAUUUCGAGCAGAAAAAAGUGAUGAUGAAAGAAAUCUGACUCAAACUUCAGUCAUGCAAAGUUCGUCAGACAAGGAGGAAGAAACUGAGGAAGACGAUGAUGAUGAUGAGGAGGAGGAGGAGGAUGAUGAUGAUGAUGACGAACUUGACGAGGAAGAACUCAUCAAACAAAUGCUUGCAAAAGAGCAGCAAAAGCUUUCCCAGGAAAACAACCAUGAUGAUACCGAUGACAAUGAAAAUGAAGAGACUGAUGCUCCAUCAGCUCCUUCUGAUUCUGAGCAUUUUUCGGAACAAACUACUUCAUCUAGUGAUGUGAUUGGCUCAACCACCACUGUAACAACAUCAGCAACUGGGACUGUAUCUCAUUCGAACUCUAGCAACACAGUGUCAUCAUCAACAGCAAAUACUUACCCUGUGUCAUCUACUGGUCGUUGCCCUUACUGCAGUGCGUCUGAUGUCAAAUAUAUCAUUAUAGUGUCGGAAAACACCAAAGAUACUGAGCUACCACAGAGUCUUCAGGAGUUACUUAAGAGAAAUCAUGCUUUUAAAAUGGCUAAAGGUGACAGUGAACCUCCAUCAUUCCAGUGCCAGAAGUGUCGAUAUGGCUUCAACCUUAACUGGUCAAAAACUAACCUUGAAGAAAUCUUUGGACUGCAACCUACAACAUCUGCACCCACUGCCACUACUGCUGCCUCCUACACAUCAACUGCGUCAGUGCCCUAUCAGGCACGUCCUGCAUCUUACAUGACGUCUACUGCUUACCCACGCUACCCCCCACCAAGUGUGUUACCACCAGGAUACCCACCCCCUGUGGGGGUGCCUCCACCUGUACCCUACCAUGGCUAUUCACCUACCUACCCCAGUUAUUAUGGUUCAUAUUAUCACCCUCCUGCAAUCCCCCAACCUGCAGGAUCAUAUUCUCCCUACUCACCGGCUGUAGCACCCCCUAGGAUACCUCUCCCUGGGACAAUUCCACCUGGAAUGCCCCCACCUGGCAUACCACCCACUGGGAUAUCUCCUGCUGGUAUACCACCCCCUGGGAUACCUCCUCCUGGUAUACCACUCGCUGGAAUUCCUCCUCCUGGUAUACCAAUCCCUGGGAUUCCUCCUCCUGGUAUACCACCCCCUGGGAUUCCUCCUCCUGGUAUACGGCCCCCUGGGAUACCUCCUCCUGUUGUACCACCCCCUAGGACACCACCUCCAGGUUAUCUCCCACCAGCUGUUCCCACAAUCCCUCCACCUGCAACUGCUUGGGGAAGUUACACACGCCCCACAUACCCCACCCGUCCACACUACCCUCCCGCUUCUACAGGGUACCUCCUACCUCCCACUGGAAGACCCUAUCAGCCACCACCACAGAUUGUGACUCCUCUGAGGGCUAGGGCUCCACGCCCUUUGUACCAGCCUGUAGUACACAGUGGGAUGUCAGUGCCACCAGGAGCCACUCCAUCCCAGCAGGAGCCAAGUGCUGAACAGACUGUUGAAGGUGAAAUCAGUAAAGUAGCAGCUGCGAGAUUUGAGAUGGUGUUAAAUCAGAUCGACCUAGCAAAGGCUCGUGUCCGCCACGAGAAGAAGCUGAUGAAAGAGUUUCAAAAGGAAGUUCUUGGGACCACUGCAGCAGACAUUGAGAUGCUUCAUCAGCAGGACACUGAGGAACCUAAUGCACUGACAGAUGAGGGACAAAGCAUGCCAGAAUAUGACGAAAAACCACCUGGUGAUGAUGAUACAGGUUUUGGCCCUAAUGUCAUUAUCACCCAGUCAUUAGAGGAAACGAAAAUUGCCGAUUCGCCAGUGAACACCUCGGUACUAGCACAUUCUGUUUCGUCAUCACAGCCAAUGCCAGCGGAUAUCAAUGAAAAGCCACAGAUUCCAGUCCAUGAACAUAAUGCUGAAACCGGCAACCUGAUAGACAAUGUUGCCGUUGAAACUGGCCACGACUCCAAGAAAGAUCUAGGCAAUGAAGAUGUUGAAAAUGAUUUACCAGAGACCACGGAAACAAGUCUCAAGAAGACAGUUCCAACUCGAGGUGGUCGUCCUGGACGAUCUAAACAGCAAAACAAGUUGCCGCCUCCUAGAGCUGUAGCCUCCACUCGACAGACGCGACGAUCUCGAAAAUCUGAACCUACUACCUCUACAGAUGAUACGGACUCCACAGCAGGCGAGGAGGAAGCUGCAGCAGUGACUGGAAGGUCAAGACUAUCCCAAAAGACCCGACCACCCAGCAGAGGGGUAAAGAGGCUGGAGAUUGGAGCUGUCCAAGACAAUGAAGUGCAUGGAGGUGUUGUAGCGAGUGACGUUGAGAUGGGUGAAUCAUCAGAUGUGUUGAGUCAGAGCAGUGCUGUUCCUCAGACUGAAAGUGAUUCGCAGGACGUACCCAGUGAAAGCUUGCCCUCCUCCUCGGAAGCAGAAGCUGCUCCUGUAGUUCCCAGUGCCACAGCUCGCCCACAACGUGGAAGGGCCACACGAGGCAGAAAACGAAAGCAGGAAAGCGUUGAAAAGGAAGUUCCCGGGCCAUCAGUCAGAAAGUCACGACGAGUGGCAGCAGAAAAUUUGACUGUAGAGGAACUCCACAGUGAAGAAAAUGAGGAGCUCGAAGAUGAAAAAAUGUUAGUAGACAAUCCAGUUGUCUUAAGCCAAGGGGAAGACACAGAAAUGACUACCACAUGUCCCAGGGUAGGACGAUCCAAAAGAGGCGUCACCCAGCCUGAUCAUGGUGAUGACGAGUCAACAGCUGAUGGCAGUAACCUUGAUCAAAGUGAAACGGAGUCUACGACAGUGACACAAGAACCUGAUAAGCCCAUCACAGAGAGACGCACUAGUAGACGCCAAACGAGAUCUGCGCAGAUACCGCAAGAGCCAGAAGAGUUAACAGCAAGUGAAACUAAAACUGAUCCUCAAACAGAAGAGUCUACAGUCACUGUACAGGAGGAGGACGGAGCACAAGAAGAUGAAAAGACCACGAGCAAUCGCCGAACUCGUAGAUCAGCACCGAGAAAUGUUUCACAGGAAAGCGUUAAAACUGCCAGCCAUCGCCAAACACGAAAAUCCGUACAGCUGCAACCGCAAGAAUCUGACGCGCCAGACACUGAGCAGAAAGCCGACAGCAAUCAAGUUCAAACGCUAGAAAGUGACACGCCCAGCGACAACAAACUCACGGAUGACCAGCCAUCUGUGUUGGUUGAGCAGAAAGUAAUAGCCCCAAACGGUUCGUUGGGGGCUGAAGAGAAGGCCAACCGCCGGACAAGAAAAUCUCGGAAAUCUUCGGCUUCAAGCGAAGAUGCAUCGGUUAGUAGUCGAGUUGACGUUCAUGAGUCCCAGGAGUCCGAUGCGUCGACGACAACAGAGGAACUUGCUAGCAAGCGUCAAACGAGGUCUCGAAAAUCACCAGCCUUGCGCAAACUUGAAACAACCCAGUCUGAUACACCCACAGUAGGCGAAGCUGAACAGACACCACCAACACGGAAAUCUCGGCGCAGAUCUUCAGCUUCAAACGAAGACACAACAACAGGAGCUGCUCAGUUGUCGGUAGCUGAACCCGACCCCCCUGAAGGCAGUGCUUCUUCAAGGCGAACUCGCAGGAACAAAUCCACACCCACGACUCAAGAAACUACUGAGCUACCACAGGAAUUGGACAGUCUGACUGCGGAAGGAGAUAUUGUGGAGGUAGAUUCUAUAGUGCCUCAGAAAAGAGCGUCUAGGAAAAGCGCGCCGGUGGAAUCAACUGCAACAAUCACUAAAAGAGUUACUAGAAAUCGGCAGAAAAAGUAAACAGGUAUGGCUCUGGCCCAGGCCACGCCGCUGUUGUGUACUGAACGGGAUAUUGUUCGACCGAGAAAACUGAGUUUUAAUUAGUCUUCAGUGGACGUUCUUGACAGAUUCUAAGAGCGGUGUGAGAUCUUUUUCCAUCUUGGUCGCUUAGUCUCCAGUGUUAACAAUCAUUGUUUGGUUAUCGCAUUGUUCAGAUAUUUUAUGGCUCAAUCUUUAAACUGAAGUUAGUAUUGGCACAUCCAGUUGUACUUGACCGUGGUCGUUCAAGAUUUUGCCACUAGCAAGGAAUGUUGUUUCGUACCGAACAGCCGUUUUUUUGCACGACGACUGUCCAAGAAAAUAGUUGUUUUGUGUUUCGUCGUAAAAGGUGCCAUUGUAAAUAAGACAAGUUUGAGUUGGACGAGAGCAGAAGGGUAACAUUAAAGUUUAUUCAGGUUG